AUGGUAUCAAGGUUGACUUCACUAGAAGAGUUACAUGUCGUACCCAAAAUUAAUCUCAACUUAUUGGAGUUGAAGUCAUUGUCUCGUUUAACUGCACUAUCAUUGAGACUUUCUACUAAUCAAAUUCCUCUAGAAGAUUUUGUGCUCCCUAAACUACAAAGGUACUCCAUAGUAGUUGGAGAAAAUUAUAGAUUCAAUCGGGAGGCGUUUAGAAGAUUGGAUAUUCAAGAUUUCUCAUCUUCAUUAAGUGCAUUUAACAAUUUAUUUUGCAAUGUGGAAGAGUUGAAUUUGAGGAAUGUUGGUGGACAAAAGAAUAUUGUGCCAAGCAUAGAUGAAAUGGGAGUAAAUGAGUUGACUUCUCUGCAGCUCAAAUCUUGCAAUGAUAUGGAAUUCUUGAUUGAUACAAAAAAUGAUCAAGGGUCAACUGUUGCAUUCUCUAAUUUGGUGGAAUUAAAUAUAGAAAGCAUGGUUUCUUUGAAAGGGUUGUGCUAUGGUGUUUCUCCGACUAGGUUCUUGCAAAACCUUAAGCAAUUGAUCAUUAAAGAUUGUGAGGAGUUAGAAGUGAUAUUUCAAAUAGAUAAACUUUCUGAAAAAAUGAAACGUCAGACACCAUUGCUCUCAAAUUUAACAAUAUUGAGCCUACAUUCAUUGCCGAAAUUGAAGAGGAUAUGGGAAGUAAAGCCAUCCCAUCGUGCAAUUGCAAGCCUCCAAAGUCUAAAGGUUGUGAGCAUUGAAUCUUGUGAUAAUCUGAAAACAAUCUUCUCACCUUGCCUAGCUUUAAGUAUGUUGCAUCUACAAGAACUUGAUAUAAGGUACAUCGAUCGACUAGAGCAAGUCAUUGGUUUUGGCGAAGAAGACGAGAUUAUUGAGAAUGACUCUCCUCUUUGUUGUUGGCCGAAAUUGAGGAUUCUUCGCAUAGAAGUUUGCCCAAAUUUGAAAUAUGUUUGUGCAAACACUUGGACUCAAGGGCUUCAAUCCUUGGAAUCUGUUUACAUAAGAGGUUGUUCUCAACUUAUACAAGUCUUCAACAUGGAACAAAAUAAGCAUGGACAAGAUAUUGUGCUUCCUGAACUUGGAUCACAGGAUUUGGUUCUUAGUAACGUGGGAAAUAGCCGCCAAUUAUGCAACAUUUAUGUUCCUGUAUUGAAUGAAGGUUAUAUAGUUGUUGGGAAUCAUGAAGAAGUAUUUCAAGUUCAAGGCGGGUACUCGUUCUCAAGCAUAAGAAGUUUUUUGUUGGCGAAUUUAUUUGAAGUGCGGGUUAUAUGGAACGAUUUUGCUCAAGUUGUAACCCUUGAGAACCUUACAACUCUAACACUAAAAGAUUGCAAGAAGCUAAGAUAUAUAUUUUCACCUAUGAUGGCUCGCAUUUUAUCACAUUUGAAGGAUCUUUUCAUCGAGGAGUGUGAGGAAAUAGAACGACUCAUUUUAGCCAAGGAUCAAGUUUCUUCAUCAUCAUCAAAUUGUGAUACUAGCCUCCAACCUAUGAGCUUUCCAAAUUUGACUCGGAUCACUGUUACAAAUUGUAAAAAUUUGAACAGUCUCUUUCCUUUUGGAUUUGUUCCUGUUCUUCCAAAGCUUGAAACUCUCAUAGUUAUAAGGAAUUCUAAAUUGGAACAAGUAUUCGAAUUAGAAGAUGAAGUGGAAGUGGUACCUGCAAAGGAGAUGAAAUUUGAUAAAUUAAAUUUUUUAUUACUUGAAGAACUGCCUGGCCUCAUUCACUUUUGUCCCAAAGGAUAUCAUUCUGUAUUCCCAGCAAUGAUAAGGUUGCAAGUAAGAGAUUGCCCUAAGUUGACUACUGGUUUCUUCAUUGAUUCACAGGAAUUUGUACAUUUCAAAACAAAGAAUUCUCAGUCCCAUUCUAGAUAUUCUUGGGAUGGUAAAAUGCUUCGAAGGAAAGGAAAGGUAGUGGUAGGUAAUGAUCCUAAUCUCAGAAAAGAGUCAUUCGAUUACUUUCACAGUGGCCCUACUAGGGGACAUUCGGGUGUACAUGCUAUGAGGCACCGAUUAUCAAGGUUAGUUUACUGGAAAGGCUUAUCCAAGGAUGUAAAGAUGUGGAUUAGAGAAUGCUCUAUUUGCCAAAAAUGUAAGGCUGAUCUGUUUGCUUCUCCAAGACUUCUACAACCCCUUCCCAUACCAUAUCGAGCUUCGGAGGCCAUUAGCAUGGAUUUUGUGGAAGGUCUUCCAAAGUCCCAAGGCAAGAAUGUGAUCCUUGUAGUGGUAGAUCGAUUAACCAAAUACUGCCACUUUUUGGCUUUUGUUCAUCCCUUCACAGCACUGACUGUUGCUCAAGAUUAUAUGAGGCAUAUUUACAAGCAACAUGGAGCCCCCAAGUCCAUAAUAUCCGAUUGUGACAAGAUUUUUGUUAACACUUUUUGGCAAUAG